AAUGAAGGUUUUAGCUGUGUGUUUAGCUUUAUUUGCUGCUUCUCUCGCCCAAGUAGAUUAUGAAGGAUAUCAUUUGGUGAAUGUAGUUCCUGAAACUCCCGAACAAGUUGAAUGGUUGCUUUAUUUGGAUGGUAAAGAUGGUAUUGACUUUUUGAAAAGUACUCAUCAAGUCGGUAAUGCCGCUGAAAUUAUCAUCCCAAAAGAUCAAGUUUCAAGAACUUAUUAUCUCUUUUCUAAGACCAAUAUGAGAUACUUCACUGCAUCAACCAAUGUUGCAGAUGAUUUGAAGAGAAAUUUCCUUAUGAGAAACGAUAAACCAAAAGUUUUUAACAUCAACGAUUUCAAUACUUUUGAAGACAUCCUUGCUGGUUUGGAUGAUUUUGUUGCCAGAUGCCCAAGCGGUGCUUCCUGUACUUUGGAAGAUAUCGGUGAUACUGUCGAAGGAAGACCAAUCAGACUUUUGAAAAUUACUAAGCCGGGAGAUCGUAAAAUUGUUUGGUUCGAUUCCGCUAUCCACGCCAGAGAAUGGUUGGCUCCAGCUACCAAUUUGAAAUUGUUGGAUGUCAUAAUUUCCCAACAAGAUUCCAACGCCGUCUCUCUAUUUAACAAAUACGAUUUCUAUUUCGUCAUUAUUAUGAACCCAGAUGGUUACGUUUACAGUUGGCAAGAUUCCGAUACUAGAUUAUGGCGUAAGAAUAGAAGCCCUAACGUUGGAUCUUCAUGUGUUGGUACUGAUUUGAACCGUAACUAUGAUGCCAACUGGCUUAGCGAUGGAACUUCAACCAACCCAUGUUCUUUUACUUAUGGUGGAACUUCUGCUGCAUCUGAAAAAGAAACUCAAGCCGCUCAAAAUUACCUAAGAUCAAUUGGUAGCAGAGUCCUUUCUUUGACAUCUAUUCACACAACUGCUGAAAUGAUCCUUAUCCCUUAUGGACACACUGAUGACAACGGAGAGUGUGUUAUUCCAGCAGAUCAUCAAAAACAAAUGAGUGCAGCCAAUGCUUUUGCAGAUGCCAUUGAAAACACCUUUUCCACCAGCUGGAAAAGAGGAACAGCUUGUCUUACCAUCUAUCCGGCCUCUGGAGCAACUAUGGACUACGCCUACGACAAAGCUGGUAUCACAUACGCUUUCACACCUGAACUCCGUGGACCUGGAUUUGAUCCACCAGCAAGUGCAAUCCAACUAAGUUUCCAAGAAGUUUGGAAUGGCGUUGUUGCUACUAUUGCUAAAAUCGAAGAAUUAGAAUCAAUGAACUGA